UUUUCCAGCUAUAGAAUAUAGCACAUGGUAAAGUAAAUAUGGGACUUGACAAAAUAAAAAUAAAAGUCAUCGAGGAUAAAGUAAAAUACACAGUUUUCAAUGAUCCUGUUCAUGGCACCAUUUCUCUUCAUCCAUUUCUGGUUAAAAUAAUUAACACACCACAGUUUCAAAGGCUCCGAAAUAUCAAACAACUUCAAGGAGCUUACUUCGUUUACCCAGGUGCUUGUCAUAACAGAUUUGAGCACAGCAUUGGAACAGCGCAUUUGGCAGGAAAACUUGUCCGCCAGUUAGAGGAAAAUCAGCCCAAGCUUGGAAUUGAUAAAAAAGAUAUUCUUUGUGUGGAAAUCGCGGGUCUUUGUCAUGAUCUUGGCCACGGUCCAUUUUCCCAUUUGUUUGAUACAGAUUUUUACACCGCAGUGAGUGCAGAAAAAAUUCCGCAUGAAAAGAUCUCGUAUGAAAUGUUGGAAUAUUUACUCGUGGAUGAAAGAAAUCGAUUCGAUCGAGCAGAUGAUAUCAAUCAGGAAAAUCUCUUGGAUGAAAGAAAUCGAUUCGAUCGAGCAGAUGAUAUCAAUAAAAAAAAUCUCCAAUUUAAUAAAAAUGAUUGGACUUUCAUAAAAGAAAUGAUCACCGGGAAAAAAGAUGAAAAUAAUCCAGGACGACCUGGAAAAGAGUUUCUGUAUGAAAUUAUUUCCAAUGAGCGAAAUAAAGUUGACGUGGACAAGUGGGAUUAUUUUGCUAGAGAUUGCUAUCAACUUGGAAUGCAGAAUGGCUUCGAUCACAAUCGUUUUAUGCAAUUUAUGAGAGUAAUAAAGGUAGACGGAAAUUGGCAAUUGUGUGUUCACAAGAAAGAAUGCUUCAAUUUAUACCAAAUGUUUCACACGAGGUAUUGCCUCCAUCGUAGGGCUUAUCAACACCCCGUUGUUAAUGCCGUUGAGGAAAUGUUCACCGAGGCUUUGGUUCAUGCUAAUGAACACGCUGGUAUCGAUGGUAUUAAAUUGUCAGAAUGUGCAAAAAAUUCGAGUGUCUUCAUGAAGCUUGAUGAUGGUAUUUUUCAUACAAUUUUGAAUUCUACAAAGAAGGAACUGGAAAAGUCAAGAGAAAUACUUGAAAGAAUAAUGAGAAGAGAAAUUUAUCAGACAGUGGCAAACGAGAAGAUGAAGGAUCACCAACAAAAGUACACGGAAAAAUUUAUAAAAGAAAAGAUUGGUUCCCAACAAAAUCUUAAGGAACCUGUGAUUGUAAAAAUAGUGAAGCUAAACUACGGAAUGAAAGAAGGGGGAAAUCCCAUUGAUUUAUACAAUUUUUAUUCUAAAAACAGCCCGGAUGUUGCUUCACCAAUUCCAAAAGACGAAAUUUCUAGCAUGCUACCACCUGUAUUCGAAGAAUUUCGGUUGCAAAUAUUCUGUAAAAAUCCAGAAAAGUUUAAGGACGCUAAGGAAGCAUUUGAAUCUUGGUGGAAAAAAGAAAAGCAAGAAGCACUCAAGAGAAAGUCAGAUGACAAACCAAGUACUAGUAAGAGAACCUGUGAAGAAUAAACAAUUUCAGCACACAAAUGAAAGAGACAUAUUUAGACUGGAUCACAUAUUAAAACCACAAGUUAUGCUUUGAAUUGUACAUUUUGAAUGUUAAAAAAUUUAAUUCUACAUUCAACAAAUAUAGUUUAUUCUACUGCUUUGACUAUUAUUUAUAUUUUAGUAGAUUGAUUCGCUUUAUAGAAUAGAAUAAUAUAUGCAGUUGAAUUAUAAUAAUAUGUUGUACAAAUAAUAUUAUAAUAUAUAUGUCUAUAUAUACGUUAUCGUGAUUCAAUAAAUCUGA